AUGUUCUUUAUUGCUGCUUCUGUACACAUAAAUCAGCACAUACUACCACUCCGUGUACAACUUUUAAAUUUGGUGCAUAACAUUGCUUUGAGCCGUGAACUAUCAGGUAUAGUCGCUCUGCGUGUGUAUGCGUCGGAUCAACGAGGUUUUCCACAGUGUGUAAAGUCGCGUUAUACUCUGGCAAUGCGAUCGCUCUGCAUUGCUGGGAGCGAUAACAAAGCUAAUGGCAAUAUGGCACAAAAUUGUUGCUUUUUACGGCUGAGAAUUGUGAAAGCGCUCUUCUUCUGGAAGCAGCGUGCUGAGGGCUUCUCGUGA